AACGCAUCAGAUCGUUCUCUCAUACUUGGGAAGUUAUGGCGGCGUCUCUUGACACGGUUCCAAUUUCCUGGUGUCCCCCCUCCCUCCUUAACCCAACAACACGUGGCCUCUGCGGCCAGCUCUUUGGGGGACAUCACCUAAAUUUGCAGGCAGUGUGACCGGAUGCCCUUCCGUUCUUAUUCUCCUUUUUUUAAAAACCAGCUUGUUAUUUUUACAUAUUUAUUUAUUUAAAAAAACAGCUUUCUAAAGAUAUAAUUCACAUUCCGUAAGACUCAUCUGUUUAAAAUGUAAAAUUCAGUGGCUUUCCAGAUAUUCCCAGAAUUGUGCGGCCAUCGCCACAACGUGAUUUUAGAGAACAUUUUCAUCACCCCGAAGAAGUCUCCUGCACCCGUUCGUGGGUUCCAUUCACCGUGAUCUUCCAGUCUUAGACGUAUUGUCUAAGUAGUAGACUAGUCUACUUUCUAUAAAUCGAUCAAUUUGGAAUUUGAUAGAAAUAGACUCAUACAGCAUGUGGUCAUCAGAUAAACGGAAGCAUAUUUAAAGUUCUGACAGGACUAUGGCGACCCAGGAAGCCACUCCAGGCAGCCAGUCAGAGGAGAGCAGUGUGUUGGACUUGCCAUCGGUUUAUGACAUAAGAGAUUACAUUCUGCAGAGACCCCAGCAGGAGGCCGGCAGCGAGGCUUUCAGCUCAGAGGAAGCCCUUUCUAUUCCUUGCUCCUCUGAUGUGGAUUCAGACACCAGUAACCUCAAUACUGAACAACAUGAUUCCGGGACCUCUGAGAACUUCUGGCUUGACCCUUCUGUGCAGGGCCAAACGGAGACCAAGGCAGAGGAUGACGGGCUUCGGAAAUCCCUGGAUAGAUUCUAUGAAAUGUUUGACCAUCCACACCCAGCUGCUAGAAACCCACUCUCCACAUCGGUCUGCCAGUGCCUGUCUCAGAAAAUCAACGAACUGAAGGGCCAGGAGAGCCAAAAGUAUGCCCUUCGCAGUUUUCAGAUGGCCAGGGUCGUCUUCAGCCGGGAUGGCUGCUCAGUCUUACAGAGGCAUUCCAAGGACGCCCACUUCUACCCAGUGGGAGAAGGAAGUGUGCUUCUGGAGGAUGAAAAGCCCACCCCGGGACUUUCAAAAGACAUCAUUCAUUUCCUCUUGCAGCAGAACGUGAUGAAAGACCUCUAAGUAGCUUCCCCCCCCCCCCCCCCCCCCCCCCCCCCCCCCCCCCCCCCGCCGUGGUAAGAGCAGGAAGUGUGGAGGGUGCCCUGUGGCCGAUGCUAUGGGUGCACCACUCAUAUCCCCUAGGGCCUCUCCAGCCAGCCCUGUGUGUCCAGCCCCCUGGGAGCCAGUUGGGCCAGUAGCGUUUGUGGACUUUAUAGAUCCUAUGUCCACACUACCUCCCACCCCACCCUACCCGUCCCUUUGACUUCAGGCCAGUGACUGGCUGGGGAGCCCAAAAGCACAGCUUCCUUGCCCCAAGGAAGGAAGGAGGUGCUCUGAGGCAUAAUUUACUCUCCAGAGCUCCCCUCUGGAUCAGGCCAAGACUGAGACUUCCCACGAUAUCACACCUGGCUCAGCCUCUUCUGUCUCCCUGUCCUCCUUCUUCUGCUCACCUACUGGUGUCUCCUGGAAGCCUUUCCUUAAUAAAGUUCUUGUACCUGAA